UCUCAAAGGAAAUGUUGGUGUCAACUAAUCAUAUAAUUAACUGAAAUUAUUAUUUUUCUCCCUAAAUAUUUACACUGAUUAUUAAAACUCUGGACUUCAGGAGAUUUUAUUUUGAAGGUGGAGGAGACCGGGCUGCCGGAGGACCUGUGGCCCGCAGAGAGCAGCUGAUCCGGGCCGGGUCCACCCAGGCUCUUCCGCUGAUCUACAGAAUCAUGGCGGUUCACCAAGUAGUCUCCGGCGGGACCGAGCCGGAUCUUCGGCCCCUGAACCUGGAGGACUCGAGGCGGCUGCGGGUCCUCUCUGCCCAGGCCCUGUCCAUCGUGAGGAACCGGGACGUGCAGAACUUUGAGACGGUGAUGGCGUUCCUGGACGCGACGCACCGCCUGCUACCCGGGCUGGUUCCCGCCAUCAAACACAUGAAGAUCCAGUUCGGCCUGAAGACCAUGGUCGUCAUGCGGAUGCUGAGGGAAGGCAGAGGGACGGUCCACAUCGUGUCCAGUAUCAUCCGGUUCUUCCCCAACAAGCUGCCUCAGUAUGAAGAUCAGUGUAACCAGAGAGAAAUGUUCCUGAUGAGGAAGAACCAGGCCGACUUCAGACGCCUGGCCCAGAACCUGGCCUUCACCAAGGAGAGGCUGCAGGACUACAUGAAGGGUGACAUGGAGGAACGCUACGGUGAGCGCUACGCCCAAAAGGUGGAGCAGCGAUUGCUGGUUUACCUACAGGAGCUGCGGAGGGCGCUAUCUGCAGACACCUGCAGCGGCAGAACCGGGCCGAACCAACCCCAACCUGGUCUCAUUACUCUGACUCAGAUGAUGAACAAGCAACAUCCUGAGGAUGAGGAGGAGACGAGCUCACCUUCAUUAGCUGGGAGGAAGCUGCUGCUGUGUGACGCUCGUCCCUCAGAGACGUCCCAGCAGGGACGGCCUGGGCCUGAUUGGAUCCUGCAGAUCGGUUCUGGUUCCAGUCCAGAUGUUGGGGAACCCCAUGGUCCAGAGGACAGAACAGGACCAGGGACAGUGGAGGAGGAGGACGUCCCUCCGUCCCCUCAGUUCUGCUCCAAGCACCAGCGCUGGAUGGACAACUUCCUGAGAGGCUGUGCUGAGGACGACCCGCCCCCGGUUCCGUCCGACCCGACCUGGCUGCCGUCCGACCCGACCCCGGUUUCGUCCGACCCGACCCCGGUUUCGUCCUCGGACCAGACGCCGUCGGACCUGGUCUCGCCUCUGCCCAGAACCUCAGAAGGUUCUGAUGGACCCGUCCUGCUGGUUCCAGUGGUCCGGCUGGAGGACGUCUCGAGGGGACUCGGGUCUAAUCUGUCUCAACCCGUUUCUGCGAUUCUGGUCAAAGCAGCUCACUGUGGUUCUGGUUCAGGUUCUUGGGCCCGCCGGAGAUCGGUGGACCAAAACGUCCUGGAGCCUGCAAGUUCUGGCCCGGUUCUGGGAGGACAGACUGUCCCUUCCUCUGACCUACAGAACCGGGCCUCACAGGUUCCGACUGACCCAGCUCAGCAAGGUGUCCAUCAGAACUCCAUCAGAAUCCAUCGUGAAACCCAAACCAGCAGAACCGUUCAGUACAGAUCCCAGCCAGGUUCUCCUACCGGCUCCAGAACCUCAGCCCUUCUGGGCCGCUUGCAGCCGUGUGUGGUUCUGACCCGACUGAACGCCAAGCAGUGCUGCUCCUUUAGCAACCAGGAGGUCCGGCCCGGCCCGGCCCGCCGGCCCAGCAGAGAUCCAGACUACCGGCCUCACGUCAACAGGAAGAGAUUCCUGUCGGAGGUCCGGAGGGUCCGGAGGGUCUGGUUCCCUCUGAGGAAGGGAAGGAGAGUCCAAACGGAACCGGGCCGGUUCUGGUUCUAGACUUUAAAUACAGUAAUGAACCUGCUUCGAUGAUCUGACCUCACAGCAACGGGUCCAAUCAGUACCGGUUCUGACCUGGAUCCAGUAUCAGAGUCCUAUUUGAUCCAGUUCCAGCAACCAACUGGGUUUACUGGGAAGAGAAAACACAUGCCGCACUUUUAAGGUGGUAAACACUGACCUUCCUCUGCUUGGUGAUGGUCCAGAACCCUGUAGAACCCGCCUUCUUCUAGUCUAUCAGGUUAGGUUAGACCAGUGUUUCUCAGUUCCGGUCCUCAGGCCCCCCUGCCCUGCAUGUUUUAGGUGUUUCCCUGCUGCCACACACCUGGAUUGAAUCUAUGAGUGAUUAACAGGCUUCUGCAGCACUUGAUGGCUGCAGGACAGGUAAUGCAAUCAUUUGGAUCAGCUGUUCUGAGAUGGGGGUGCAGCUGAAACAUGCAGAGCAGGGGGCCUGAGGACUGGAAUUGAGAAGCACUGGGUUAGAAGAAGAAGCAAACAUCGUCUCAGGUGUCAGAACCAGAACCUGGGUCGGCAAAGUAUUCACUUCCUGUUCCGCCUACCCGACGAACGGCGGCCAGUCAGGAAGAGUUGAUCUGAAAAGUGUGGCAUGCUUGUUGUUAAACACCAGAACCUCUUCAGAACCUUGUGACUGCAUCAUCGUUGCUAUGGUGGUGGCCCCUCCAGAAGCUGCUGUUGGGUCAGAGAUGAUUUCUUGUGGUUCUAGUGGUCCUGGUUCCGGUCCAUUAUCAGUGUUCUGUGGCGUCAGUGUGUUUGUGUCGCAUCAUAUUUGUUCCCAGGAUUCAGAGGUCAGAGUCCGGUCGGUUCCUGCGGGGAACUGGAGAAUGGGCCAGGUAUCGACCCGAGGUUCUGUUUGCGCCGCGAGGUCGACGGCCGGCAGAGAGCAAACUGUUGCGUCAUUUCAUCGGAACAGAAGCGGG